GCAACAAUGAAUCAAUAGGGAGUUUGAUUAUAUAAAACCAGGCAGUCCGUGUUCUUUUAGUUCAUAACGUUGUUAAAGAAACACGUGGUGAAGAGUGUGAUUAUUGAAUUUAAAGCGAAAUACAAACACUGUCACGUAAAAUGCCCCUUGCUAAAGAUUUUCUCCAUCCAAGUCCAGCUGAAGAAAAAAGAAAACAUAAGCUAAAGAGGCUUGUACAAAAGCCAAAUAGCUAUUUUAUGGAUGUGAAGUGCCCUGGAUGUUAUGCCAUUAAAACCAUCUUUUCGCAUGCACAAAGAUCAGUGGAAUGUGAUGGAUGUCGUACAAUAUUAUGCACAUCUACAGGUGGCAAAGCUCGAUUGACAGAGGGUUGCUCAUUUAGGAGAAAGGUUCAAUGUUAAUGUAACAAUGAUUAAGGCAACAUAAUGUGUACUCUUUAUAUUCAAUAAAUAAACAAAAUUAUUGUACAA